GCACUUGACCGAUCCACAUAGUUUAAAGAUCUGCGGUGUGCAGACCGCAGCAGCAGCAGAGUUGGAGCGGACCUCAACACAGCCUGCUAGCUCUGCUUCACUAGCCUUUAUAUGUAAACAACACUGAAAGAUGUGAUUUUAGAAGCUGUCUUUUAUAGCCACUGUCAUUUUCGCUCACUAUGACGCAGCCGGCGGAGAAAGCGUAUUACCGCUUCCUGGUGCUCUUCUUCAACUGCUUGCUGACGUUCGGCUCCUACUUCUGCUUCGACAUCCCCAGUGUUUUGCAGGAUCAGUUCCAAGGGAACCUGACAUGUCCCAAUGCGACCGUGAUAAAUGGGACAGUGGACUGUGUGGAGGGACUGGGGAUGAGCCCUCAGCAGUACAAUCUUCUUUAUGCCAUCUAUGCUUGGACGAAUGCGGUGGUGGUGAUCAUGGCUGGCUUCCUGAUUGACAAACUAGGAAACCGCUUUGGAGUGUUUCUCUUCUCCUUCCUGUGUGUUUUGGGCUCGUCGAUGUUCGCGCUGGGCUCCCACUUCAAAGGGACUCCCUAUCUGCUGCCGCUGAUGCUCACAGGCCGACUACUCUUUGGAUCAGGCAAUGGAUCUCUGACCAUUGUUCAGAACCGCAUCACGGCCUUCUGGUUCAAAGGGAAGGAGCUGGCCUUGGCUUUCGGUCUGACCCUGGCUUUCUCUCGCCUGGGUUCAGUCCUGAACUUCUUCCUCACGCAGAAGUUUGAGGAAAGAUUUGGCAUGCAGUGGACACUUUGGGGUGGUGCGCUAUUAUGCGUGCUGGGCUUUGCAUCCGCCAUUAUAGUCAGCAGUCUGGACAAGGUUGGGAUGAGGCAGCUGGGGCUUGAUGGCGCCAUCCAAGAGGAGUCCCGCAAAGUGAGGAUUCAGGAUGUGAAGCUCCUGUCGCUAAGAUACUGGCUGCUGGUUCUCACCAUUAUGUUCUUCUACAACGGCAUCUUCCCGUUCAUUGCUGAUGCCAGUAAAUUCAUUCAGGAUAAGUACAGUGGCUACAGUCAGAAGGAGGCAGCUUAUAUCGCCGGGGCAGUUUAUGACAGCUCGCUGGUCCUCUCAGCCAGCGUGGGCAUUCUCAUCGAUUACGUGGGCCUGCGAGGCAUUUUUGCAGUAGCCUGUGCCGUCCUCACGCUGCCUGUGUUUGGACUCCUGGCCUUCACUUUCGUCCCCCCUCUCGUCUCCACCAUAUGGCUGGGGGUCACCUACUCUUUCGCUGCUUCGAGCAUGUGGCCGUCUAUCCCCCUCGUCGUACCUCAGGCAACUCUUGGAACAGCCAUGGGUCUUGCCACCUCCAUACAGAUGGUGGGAAUCGGGGUGUCCAAUCUGGUUGUUGGACAGAUUCUGGGCACCAAGUCUAGUGAAACUAAGAUUCCGUUGUGGCGUUGGCAGAGGAUGAUGAUCUUCAUGUUGGCCAACACCAUCAGCUGCAUCAUCACCUCGGUGAUGCUCAACGUCGUCGACCACAAACAGGGCGGGACCCUGAACAAGAUGACCAAGAGGUCAGAGCAGGUGGCGACAGAGUCGGACAGAGAGCCGCUCAACCAGGGAGGGGAAGAGCAGGAUGAGGAUGAGGAUGACGAGGCAGUCAGAUCUCGUUCUAUCAACUCCUGAGUUUUGUGUCCUCCAAUCUCAACACAAUCUGUCUGUCUUUUGUCUUUUAAUAUUUUUUUUGUAUGCAGCAAUGUUUAAAAUUGAACUUUGUCCAUUUUAAACCUCAUUGAAAACGGAUUUGUCUGCAGUUACUGUGGCAGAUGACUGAGCAGUUUAAUGAGCAAGGAUGAAUCUUGUUUAAACAGUAUUUACACUAAUAAAGUAUACAUAUAUUGUGAACCAGGUAUUACAGAUGUUUCAGUAAUACGGGUCAGUAGAAAAAGAAAAAAGAAAAUCCAUAGAAAAACAAACUCUUUUUUUCUUUUUUUUUUAAAAAGCCUUAAAUAUUUGUACUUCUUAUCUGUAUGUUAGGUAGAGAUUUCAUUCUGUACUUGAAGAAGGGAAUUUUAUCACCAAAAUGUCAAAUGUAAUAAACUUUUUUGAUGGUAUGAUCUUUGCUACAUGAAAAUAAACAAGAUACACCUUUGCGUGGAA